UCUCUCCCUGCGUCUCUCUUUCUCUGUGUGUGUCUCUCUCUCUGUCUCUCUCUCUCUCUCUCGCUCUCUCUUUCUCUGUGUGUGCAGCCCACUUGCUGUUGUGUGUGUGUGUGUGUGUGUGUGUGUGUGAGAGACAGAAAACAUGGCAUUGAAAUUCAGUGAUAGGUCAGGCAAACAGAUGCUGCGUGUCUGGAUAAGAGUGUGUGUGUGUGUGUGUGUGUGUGUGACUGUAAGAACACACACACACACUGCAGCUUCAGAAUAGAGGCUGAAUAAGGGAACACCCUGUUCAUUUCAGAAACUGUUUUGGUGUGAUUAAUUGGCUGGAGAUUGUUUAUAGCAGAGUGUGUCUUGUGGCUUCAGGGUGUAAACUGCUCUGUGUGUGUGUGUGUGUGUGUGUGUGUGUGUGUGUGUGUGUGUGUGUGAGAGAGAGAGAGAUGUCUGGGUGUAGCAGCAAGAGGAAAUAUAAGUAAAGAACCUCUGACAGUUUAUUUGAGCGGCAGCCUCAGCUAAUUGGUUUGAGAUUAUGCAACUGAACCGAGAACACACAUCUGUACACAUCUGCUGUGUUGAGACACUGCACUCCGAACACAAGCGGUUCUCCUCCUCAGCUGCUCCAGCGUGCUUCAUUACUUAACACUGAAUGUUGCCUGUUGGUUAUUUAUUAGUGUAUGCUGAUGAAUAUAUAUUUCAGCCUAUAAACACAGCUGUGUGUGUGUGUACGUGUGUGUGUGUGUGUGAACGUGUGUAUGUGUGUUUGUGUGUAUAUAUAUAUGUGUGUGUGUGUGUGUGUGUGUGUGUGUAUAUGUAUGUGUGUAUAUAUGUGUGUGUGUGUGUGUGUGUGUGUGUGUGUGUAUAUGUAUGUGUGUGCGUGUGUGUGUAUAUAUGUAUAUGUGUGCGUGUGUGUGUGUGUGUAUAUGUAUGUAUGUGCGUGUGUGUAUGUAUGUGCGUGUGUGUGUGUAUAUGUACGUGUGUGUGUGUGUGUGUGUGUGUAUGUAUGUGCGUGUGUGUGUGUAUAUGUACGUGUGUGUGUGUGUAUAUGUACGUGUGUGUGUGUGUGUGUGUGUGUGUUUGAUGGAUGGGCUGCACUCAGAUACAUGCAGGAUCUAUGUUGCCACAUUGGACUAUGCACAUUAGUGGGUGUGUCUUCUGAAGAAGGAACUGUACAGUCUCGGUCCCUCUGGGGUUUUAAAGCGAGAGGGAGAGAGAGAGAGAGGGAGAGAGAGAGAGAGAGAGCGUGAGAGAGAGAGGGAGGGAGGAAGGGAAUCAUGUAGCAGCUCUCCGGUGAAAACUGUGUGUUCUUUUUUGUUUGGACGUCUUCCUGUGCAGUGAGCAUCAGACAAAGUGUGUGUGAAUAAGGAGCAGAGCCUGACAACAACGCUACAUCAUGAAGUCUCAGCAGAAAUGCAUCGUGAUCUUUGCUCUCGUGUGCUGCUUCGCUGUCCUGGUGGCGCUGAUCUUUUCGGCCGUGGACGUGCUGGGAGAAGACGAAGACAUCUUUGACGACGAUAACUGCAGCGAUGUCUGCCAGGUCGUGCUUGUGGAAAACAUCCCAGAAGACAUCUCCAUUUCUCACGAGGGUACGAUGUCCCUGACCGCCGGACUCCACGGCCUUCUGGACCUGGCUCAGAAAUCGGUGGAGAUCGUGUCACCGUGGUGGGAUCUGAACUCCACAGAGCAGGACUCUCGGUUUCCCCAAGCCAAGCAGGGUCGACUGCUACUCCGCCGGAUGAUGGGUCUGAAAGCUCAGCGUGUUCAGCUGAAGGUGGCCAGCGGGAUGAUGGCGUCGUCUCCGGAGCUCGACCUGCUCUCUCAUUACGGUGCGGAAGUGCGUCAUCUGAACAUGUCGGCCCUCACCAAAGGCGAGCUCCAUUCCUCCUUCUGGGUGGUGGACAGGAAACAUCUGUACAUUGGGAGCGCUGCGAUGGACUGGAGGUCUUUUUCUACGCUGAAGGAGCUCGGCAUCAUCGUUUAUGAAUGCAGAUGUUUGGCGGUGGACCUGCACAGGAUCUUCAAUCUCUACUGGCAGCUGGAGUACAAGGAGUUCCUCCCGACGAUAUGGUCCAAGCGGCUGAGCGCCCUCUACAGCAAGGAGGAAGGUUUCUCUUUUCACCUCAACGGCUCCGAGGCCAAAGCCUACGUCUCGAGCUCUCCAAACAUCUUCCGCCCCAAAGACCGGACCACGGACAUAGAAGCCAUUUUCCGCGUCAUUCAGGACGCCAAGCGCUUCGUCUCGAUCUCCAUGACUGAUUACCUGCCUCUCCUGAGCACCAGUCCACACAAUAAGUACUGGUCACGUAUCGACGGCAUGCUACGCGAGGCUCUGAUCCUGAAGCACGUCAGAGUGCGUCUGCUGAUAAGCUGCCGAGAGCAAACGCACCCACUCACCUUCAACUUCCUGUGGUCCUUACAAAGCUUGUGCGUACAGACGGCCAACUGCUCCGUGGAGGCGAGGGUCUUCAGUCCUCGAGUCAGAGAUGACGGUUCUCCUCAAGGCAUCCAGCAUCACAGAUACGUGGUGACCGAUAACUCCGUGUAUAUAGGGAACCUGGACUGGGUUGGGAAUGAGUUUGUGUUUAACGCAGGAGCGGGGCUCGUGGUCAGCGAGCCGGGGAGAAGCUCCACGCUGGCUGAGCGGCUGAAAUCCGUGUUCGAUAGAGACUGGCGCUCGCCGUACGCUAAACCUCUGCAGCCCAACAAGAUUCCCUCCUGCAGCUGGAGCGCCGGUGCGUUUAAAGGUCACGCAGGUCACACGGAGGACACGGGGAGUCCCAACGCCUCUCUGUAAGAGCCUCAUGAAGCACUGACGGACCGGACGGACUUGUCUCGUUGUUAUUCGUGCCAUCUCUGCACUUUGUAAACUGUUUAUUAUUUCUCUCUUAGCCAUUUUUAAAGAAGUUUAAAAGCUACGGUGUUUGUUUAUUUAUUUAUUUAUUUAUUUAUUUAUUUAUUUAUUUAUUUAGGAACAGACCUCAGUGCUAAUAAUCGAGCUUGAAACCUGCCUCAUUACCCUUUCUAUCUUAUUUUAUCUACUUUUAAUUUAGUCUCUUACUGCAAACGAGAAGCAAGAGUACAGUUUACUCCCUUUAUUUCUCCGACUGUACGAGCGCCACGAUGAGAAACAUUUUAAAACAUUUAUAGAAAUAUUUCUGUAGGUACGAUAACGACGAGAGGAAGAGCAGUUAACGGAAUAUUUACUGUAUCGAAUAAAUAUAGCUAUGUGCCAGUACUACACAUUUUUACUGAAUAAUCAUCUGUGUAUCUCGUUUGUUUGUUUGUUUGUUUGUUUAUAUUUAUUUAUUUAUUUGUGUAUUUAUUUAUUAGUUUAUUCAUCUAUCCAUUUCUUUUUCUUUCUUUCUUCAUUUAUUUACUUACUAUCUAUAUAUUUUUCUACUCCUUUAUUGACUUUUUAUUUUUGUUUGUUUGUUUAUUCACGUACUCGUGUAUUUGUUUGUUUACUCAUUUCGUUUGUUUGUUUAAUCCUGCUAUCGCGGGUCACCAGCUCAAUUUGCGUAAUCAUGUACUUUCUUUUUCUCGUUUUCUUCCGUUGCUUAUUUGAUUUAUUUACUGUUUCAGUGGUUAUUUAUUUGUUUGUUUGUUUGUUUGACUGGUUGGUUUCGCUUGUGUCCUUACUCAUCCACUUGUUUAAUAAAUGAAACCUUUAGCAGCUCAUCAACAAACUAUUUACUUUUGUUUGUUUGUUUAUUUGUUUACUUGUUUAUGUUUUGUAUUUGUUUAUCGAUCCAUUCAUUCAUUCAUUUUAUUUCGGAUAUUGCCGGUCACCAGCUUAAUUCGUUUAUCUACUUACUCAUUCAUGUAUUUAGUCUCUUAUUUAUUCGUUUGUUUGUCUGCUUAACUUAUUGAUGUAUGUAAUUAUCUGUUUGUUUCUUUGUUUAGCUUUGAUAUUGGAGGUCACCCACUUCAUUUGCAUAACCACGCCCCUUUUUGCUGAGUUUUCCCCCCACAUCACUGUACUGUAUCUCACUCGUACGCUGUAUUUUCUAGCCAGCUGGGAUUUUUUUUAACACGGAGGUGGUCAAAUCCAUCAGAUCCGUAUUUAUCCAUGCGAUUGUCUUUUUCUUCUUCUUCUUCUUCUUCCUUCUCUUUCUACGAUGCACAUUUCUACAUUAGAAUCACAUUAAGGACAGAGACUGUAUAUUUUUCUAUCAAACAACUUCCUUGAAUUCUUCAUCGCAACUUCUUUUUCAUUACACCUUUUUUUUUUUUUUUUCUAAAGGGGAAUUUUAUAAUUUUUUUUUUAUACACUGACGCUAGGUUCUUCGUUAUUUAAAAGUGUGUCUAGAGCACAGACCAAAGCCUCGAGGCGAGUAUCGUGAUCAUCUUCAUUAUCUUCUUCCUGAAUGUAUCUUAAAGCAUGAAGCGAAAACUGCUGCUGCGGUGUGUACAGUGUAUGGGGUGCCAAAACUUUCUGCUCACGCUGCUGUUUAGUAUCGAUCUUCCGGUUAACCUCGGGUGCUUCUCAGGUUUUGAUUUGAACAUUUUUACUUUUAUUCAGCGUUAAAUUGUACAGAAGUGAAACAUCAGCACAAAGCCCAUCAGAGUGUUCGAAACCUCUCUGGGGUCCCAGCAACAACUCCGUGGAACUGCGGGCUGCCAUGGCAACGGCAUAGCAAUGUGACAAGAACGGUGUUUUUAAAAGUGUUUUAAUUUUGUAACAUUUUCAAAAGAUUCUAAACUUCCGAAUUCCGAAAUCGUUCAAACUUUUGGAAUUUUUUUAAAAACGUGUUCAUGUUUUAAAAGGUUUUCAUUUUGUAACAUUGUACCCGGUUCUCGCUUGCAAAAAUCCAUACGACUUUGCCAUGUAGAAUCGUUUAAAGUUCUACACUUUUCGGUUCUAAAAUCCGUACCGCUUUAAGAACUUUGGAAUCUUUUGAAACGUUGAAAUUUUAUAACCAUUGUGAGAACGUCUAAAGUUCUAAAUUUAAAAAAAAAAAAAAAAAAAAAAACCCAAUCCUUAAAGCUUUAGUAUUGAAAAUUUUAUCUGAAGUUUUAAAUUCUAAAAUUCUAAAACUUUGGAACUUAAGAAUCUUUUCAAAUUUUUUUUGUUUGUUUUUUUUUGUAACAUUUUAAAGAUUAGAAAGUACAAAAAUUCGAAAAAAACUUUUUACAGCUGUAGAAUUUGAACUUUAGAAUCUUUUAAACUGUUUUGCUUUUGUAACAUUUUUUUUUUUUUUUUGGUGAUGAACUUCAGCUUAGAAUUUUGUUCACUUUCAUAAAGACGAGAAAUUUGAAAAAAUUGGAGGGGAUUAAAACACUUCGUGAUGCGCUGUUUCGGGAAAACAAUCGCCGACUACCAUUUUUUAUCCGUCAAUAAACGUCAUUAUUCGAUCUGUUGAAAGUUAUAUUCCACUUAUAUACUGUGGAAUGUCCAUGAAACAUUCGCUCCUGUUUUCGCUCACGUUCUGGCGGCUAUAAACAGUCGUUCCCUCACCAGCCUUUCUUGUUUCUCCCUCCUUUGAAGUUAAUAGGACAAACGAAAGCAGAGAGUCGUGUUACCCAGAAACCGCAAAGUUUUCUGACGCCGCUUUACCUCUGACCGUUCCAGAGCGCUGACACUGGAGACUCCUUCCAUUGAUGUCACAUAAACAUCUCCUCACAGAAAACGGAACCGCGUUAACGAUUACGAUGACGUUAUGAGGAAGUCCCUGUGAACGAGCUGUUACUAUAGAAACGACAGUGAACAUAAACCCGAAGUACUUUCACCUUUCGCGAAAGAACGCGAAAGUUUUGCGAGUGAACGCAAAAACAUCGAAAUAUGACGUUUCCUCCCAUCUCAUAUUUUUCCAUCGGCAUGUCCCCUUAGGGGCUCCGUAAUUUGUGUCUUUGAUGGUCAGGAGAAAAAAACGCAUCUUUUUGUGUUGUAUAUAAUACAUUCUCCUACAACCCCUUUAAUUAUCGCAAGACGAACAACAAUGCUGCCGCUCAGUGAUCCGACUUAUUUGCUUUUUGUUUGUUUGUUUGUUUGUUUGUUUUUUUGGCAUGAGAGCUUUUCUGCAUGCUCCGCUUUCUAAGCCGUACAGUCUCAUGGACCGUGUCAAGCGAAAUCCAGGGCUGUCAACGGUCACGUAUCUGAGACUCUUGUGUUCUGUACUGUUAAAAUGAAUCGUCUGAGGAAACGGAUCUCUACACGCUGGCAGAAAGAAAAAGAAAAAAAGAACAUUAUAUAUAUAUAUGUGUGUGUGUGUGUGUGUAUAUAUAUAUAAUGUAUAUUUACGAUCACUUUGGUAAUGCUGACUUUUAUUAUUGAAUAACCUGCAUUUGUAUUCCUAAUAAAGAGUAAAACUUCUACGCCGAACACACAGGUGUUAGACGUUUUCUUUUUUCUGCUGAUUACAAUUUUCAUUAUUGAAAAAAAAAAAUAUAUAUAUAUACAUAUAAAGAGGUUUCUCUCAUGAGCUCAGGGAAUCUCGGAGUAACCUUGUUGGAGAAGAAAGUGGCGAUGUCUUCUGCAAU